AGCCUCAUUCUGUCAGUGUUGGUGUGAGGAUGGAGCUGCAGACCUCCGUCGGGCACAGGCUGAGCAAGAAUCGUGUCGUUUUUCGGGGCCUACUUCCGUCAUUUUGUAUCUCCCUGGAUAAAAACAAUACACCUGAUAGCAUGGGUCGUUGUGUUGUGUAGCCUGUAUUUACCUUGUUGGAUAUACAAAUCUGCGCUUUGCGGUAUUUAUGAAACUUAUUUUAACCGGAGAGCUGCCUGGAUCUCCUCCUGAAAUAAGCAGACGUCAGAGAGCUCGGCUGUUCGCUGCUGCUACAUUUUAUUGCAAACUAAUCACAGCAUAUUUUGCGGGAUUAUACUGCUGCUACACACGCUAUGUAGCGAAGUGACUGGCAUCCUGGUGGUAACUGCUAGACGUUUAUCGGCUUUUUAGUUUUAAACACCGUGCCUUGGCGGAAAGGAGAGGAUUUCGUUUUAUUUAAGGUGAAGCAAAGAUGAAUGAGCAGGAGAGUGGAGUAGUCUCCUUUGAUGAAUAUGUGCGGCAGAAGGCCCGCACUGUGCCUCAGCACAGGAUGAAGGAGUUCCUGGAGUCUCUUGCAAAGGGCCCAGAGGUGCUGCAGGAGUUCAGCCAGCAGGAAGGAGCUGCAACCACCACUGCCAUGGUGUACCAACAGCAAGGCACCAACUGUAUCUACACAGACAGCACAGAGGUGGCUGGUUCUCUGUUAGAGCUGGCUUGUCCGGUACAGGUGACGUCAGCUGAGAUCUCACCCCAGCUGUCUUUACACCAAGGGUCAGAACAGCAGCUUCAAGUGCAGGUUCAGAUCCAGGGACAGCAGGGCCAGACAGUGGGCCAGGUUCUUCAGGUGGCCUCCCCCUCUCAGCAAGAUCUGCAGGGAAUCUCCACAGCCCAGCUCAUCCAGCAUGGAGAGCUCACAGAGGAGCAGCAACAACAGAUACAGGCACAGCUGGUUGCAGCUGUAGCUGGGGGACAACAAAUCCAACUGUCAAGUGGCCAACAAAUCCAGCAGAUUCAGCUGCCAGGGGGCCAACACAUUCAGCUUCAGCCUGGCCAACAAAUUCAGCUACCCUGUGGGCAGCAGAUUCAGUUACAAAGUGGCCAACAAAUCCAAAUCCAGACCAUAGAGGAUACUCCUAGGGAGGGAGAUCGGAGGUCCAACACUGUGUCAACCGUUCUACAACCUGCCAAAAAGCGCAAGGUGGAUGUCCCUGUAGCUGUGUCUUAUGCUGUUCCACAGGGUCAACAAGUGGCCACAGUUCUAGCCAUCCCUCAAGGGCAGCAGCAGAGUUAUGUGUCACUACGUCCAGAUUUGCUCACUGUUGACAGUGCUCAGCUGUACAGCACUACUGGUACAAUUACAGGUCCUACAGGGGAAACCUGGACCAUCCCUGUGUACUCCACUCCACAGCAGCAGGGUGUAACCCACAUCGCCAUACCACAGGAGUCGUACAACACAGUGCAGGUUGCCACCACCAAUGGAAAGGACAAAGUGUCCUCCAAUUCCUCAUCAAGGUCUGCAGAUGGGCAGUCAGCAUCUGCUGGAACACAGGAGGAAAUAGUGCAGACACUGUUCCCAGCACAGUUUAUGAACGGGAACAUUCACAUCCCUGUGGCCGUGCAGACUGUAGGAGGGACAUACAACUCCACACAGUCAGUCCACAUAUGGGAUCCAAAUCAGCAGCAGAGCCAAGGUGAAGAGGGACAAGAACAGCAGCUCCACCUGCAGGGUCAAGUUGAGGCAGAGGCUCAAGCUGAGCCCCCUUCAGAGAUUCUGGUUCCAGUCUGUCUAAAGCCAGAGGAGGGCCUUGAGGUCUGGCGUCUUUGGGUGAAGCGAAAAAAUGCAGACCUAGUCAAGCAAGAAAGUACAAAACUUGCGCCUAUUGGACGUCGUCAGCCUCUGCGUUUUCAAGAAGACCUGGUGUCCAGUGCAGUAGCUGAGCUAAACUUGGGUCUUUCCCUGAUGACUCAGGAGGCACGGGGAGCAGAGGAAGAACAGUUUGCACCUGAUGUUCUUUAUUAUGUCUUCUUAUGUAUACAAAAGUAUCUUUCUGAAAAUGGGCGUGUGGAUGAUAUUUUCUCUGAUCCAUAUUACACACGUUUCUGUGAGAGUUUACACAAAAUCCUGGAUGGUUGGAAACCCAGUGUCCAUCCUUUAGGUUACAUCAUACCAAGUCAUGUGACAGAGGAGAUGCUGUGGGAGUGUAAGCAGCUUGGUGCACAUUCACCAGCUACAUUGCUCACGACUCUAAUGUACUUCAACACUAAGUAUUUCCGCCUACUAACAGCUGAACAGCACAUGAAAGUAGCUUUCUCUAAGGUCCUAAGACACACAAGGAAGAACCCAGCUAAUAUCAAGGACAAAGCAACCAGUAUCCGUCUUCUUAAGGGACAAGGGCCACACAGUGGUGGACAAAAAGGAACCGAUGACAUGUAUGAAGAGCAGGUGGAGGAUCCUGAGAACCCUCUGCGUUGUCCCAUCAAACUUUAUGAUUUUUAUCUCUUCAAAUGUCCUCAAAGCGUUAAAGGCCGUAAUGAUGCGUACUACAUGACUCCAGAGCCCGUCGUUGCACCCAACAGUCCCAUGUGGUACUCGUCUCAGCCCCUCACGAGUCAGCAAGUGGAGCAAAUGCUGGCUCGCAUCAUCGUGGUCCAAGAGAUCCAGGAGUUAUUCAGCGCUUGUCCAGAGGAUGUGAGCUAAGAUGAGAGCGCUGACUGGACUCAUGGGAACUCAACUCACUGAAUGUUGACUAUGCAGUAGCCAUCCUGUUUCAAUAAACCUCACCGGCAAUCUCAACACAAAUGGAGCACCUUCUGAUACAGUCCUAGAGUGUUUCUGAAAGCACUUGAUAAAUUCAGACUUUUUUUUUUUUUACAUCUGUUUUCAGCUGAAGCAAUGGACUGUUCUUAACUACCUUUUGCCUCUGAAACCUUUGAACUAGUGAGUAAGCAACUUUUUAGUCUCAUCCUUGAUGGUUCAUGAUUGACCUCAGGGCCUGCUGCUCUCUACACUGAUCAGAGGUGGUAAAUAUUUUCUGUAAAAGUCAGUCUUAUCAGUAUGAUGUGAGGAUAUUUAACCCUUCGUUCCUUAACCUUACAGACCAUUAACAUGUCUUAUUUCCCUUCAAGGUCCCACUAUGAUACAUCUUAAUGUUCACUGUCAGGGACCAGCACUCACUUUUUUGUAAACGGACUGCAUAUUGGAUCACAUAUUGAUAUGUUCAAAGCUGAAAAACUUGUGCCUGUUUUCAAAAGCGAGCUCAUAAUUUAUGCUUGUGGAUUGUUGAGUGUUUAACAAAGGUUAAAACUCAAAUAUUCACAAGGACAAGUGCUAUAUUAUAGUCAUUCAGGAGAUUGGAAACACUUUUCUCAGGUUAACGUUAGUGAGUCGAACACCCACCAAGGACAUUUGCCAACUUGGUCCUGUAUGGAUGUAUGUAGGUCAUUAAACAAAAAAUGGAGAUGGAAACACUUUGUGUAGAUAAGUAUUAAUCCUUGUAUCCUGAGUUAAAGUCAAAAAUUACAAGCAUUUAGUGCUGUUGUUGCCUACUUUAAAUAAGGGUUAAAUGUCAGCCCAUUAAAAUGUACUGAUUACACCAACA